AGACGUUGGCCAUGAAUGCAAGCAUAAUUGUGAUGGAUAAGUGUUGGAAAGCUAGUAGUGAAGCAAUUGCUAUAACAUCCCAACCAUAUUUUGCCUCCUCUGUCUUUAUUUUCUGAAGUUAUAGACAAAAAAUGCAGGGGAAAAGUGAAAUCAGGGAGCAAGAUAAUGUGAAAAUUUUGCAAGCCCAAGCUCUGUUCUAUAUAAAGCAGAGAAGCAGACUUUAUAUCUCACAUGCUCUCAGCUUGCUUGAAACAAUUGUGUGGCAAUGGGGAAAACAAUGGUAGGGAAUGGUCUUGUGGUCUUGGUUGUGGUGGUGUGGGUUUUCUUGGUAGCGGGUGGUAUUGAGGGUAGGGAGUUAGAGGUUAAAAAUGGUGAGAAAGUGAAGAAACCGGAAGGGUUAUAUGAUGGAAACUGGGGUGGGAUAGGGAAUGGUGGGAAUGGGCGUUUACAUGAUGGUACUGUUGGGAAAGGGUUGAGUUUAGGCCAUCCGUUCGGUUCUGGCAAUGGGGACGGGUUUAGUUUGAGUAAUAGAAAGCCUGAUAGUGGCAUAGCGAAACCUGAUUGUGUUGGAAAAGGAGGUGGUGGCGGGACGGGUGGAAAAGGUGGGGCUAGUGGAAAAAAGCGCCGAAAGAAGGAGAAAAUUCAUCAUCACGGCAGUGGUCGUGGAAUUAGCAAAGGUGUUGGAGGAGGAGGUAGUGGUGGUGGUAUAGGUAAAGGGACAAAAGGUGGCAUUGGCAAAGGAAUAGGGGGAGGAGGUGGGAAAGGGGGAGGAAUUGGACAUGGAGGUAAAGGUAGGGGCGGUGUUGGUGGUGGUAUAGGUGGUCCGGGAGGAGGUGUUGGUGGUGGCGGUAUAGGAGGUGGAGGAGGAGGUGUUGGUGGUGGCGGGGGUAUAGGAGGUGGAGGAGGUGUAGGUGGUGGGGGAGGUAUUGGUGGAGGUGGGGGCAUAGGAGGUGGAGGGGGUGGUGGAGGCGGGGGUAUAGGAGGUGGAAGUGGUGUUGGUGGUGGCGGGAGUAUAGGAGGUGGAGGUAUUGGUGGAGGCGGGGGUAUAAGAGGUGGUGGUGGUGGUGGUGGCGGCGGCAGUAUAGGAGGUGUAGGUGGUGGUGGGGGCAUAGGUGGUGGCGGAGGUGUUGGCGGAGGUAUAGGAGGUGGAGGAGGUGCUAGUGGAGGUGUUGGCGGGGGUAUAGGAGGUGGAGGUGGGGUUGGAGGAGGUGUAGGCGGUGGUGGAGGUUAUGGUGGGGGUAUAGGUGGAAGAGGCGGGAUUGGAGGUGGUGUUGGCGGGGGUAUAGGAGGUGGAGGUGGUGUUGGAGCCGGUAUUGGUGGUGGUGCUGGGGGAGGCCUUGGGGGUGGUAUAGGAGGUGGUGGUGCUGGUGGGGGGCUUGGCGGCGGAGGCCUCGGUGGUGGAAUAGGUGGUGGAGUUGGUGUUGGUGGUGGUGUAGGUGUCAGAAUUGGAGGAGGAAUCGAUGGUGGAGGAGGUGUUGGAGGAGGGAGUGGAGGUGGAGUCGGAGGAAUUGGGAGUGCAGUUGGUGGUGCUGGAGGAGGAGGAGGAGGAUUUGGAGGCGGCAUAGGCAAUGGAGUUGGAGGAGGUUUGGGGGCAGUUGGAGGUGUGGGUAGCGGCAUUGGCGGUGGAGAUGGCAACGGCGGAAUUGGCAGUGUUGAAGGGCCUGAAAGUGGUGAUGGUGGCAUAAUAAACAGCUUCCAUUAAUUGACAGUGUUGAAAUGAAGAAGCCAUGAAGUUGGCUUGAAAACAAGUUUCUGGGGGUGUAUAUCAAACCCUCUGUACCUAUGUGCAUGGCAUCGUUGCUUUUGUUUUUCAAUCUCUACCUACCAUAAACUUUGCCCAUAGUAACUCUAUGUAGUAUAUCUUUGAAUUCUUCAAAUGUACUUGUAUGUUCUUAGACAAUAAUUGUCAUUGAAUCCAUUAUCAAUCAA